AUGGAUACCGCACCGUUUGGCCCAGCGCAGGUGACAAAGCAGUUUGUGCUCUGCUUUGACGGCACAGGGAAUAAAUUCGCUGGCGAUGAGUCGGACAGCAAUGUUCUCAAAAUCUUUCGCAUGCUUGAUCGCUCUAAGAGUCAUCAGUUCCACUACUAUCAGCCAGGAAUUGGAACAUACGUGACGACCACGUCGCUAUCCAAUACUAGCCGCUUUCAACGCAUCAAAUCCGCAUAUUUGAAGGCAAAAGAUUCCGCAAUUGGCACCUCGUUCGACGAGCACGUCAUGGGCGGGUACAAGUUUUUAAUGAGAUAUUACCAACCCGGCGACGAAAUCUACUUCAUUGGGUUCAGUCGUGGCGCUUACAUCGCGCGCUUCCUCGCGGAGAUGCUUGAUUAUAUCGGCCUGCUUGAAGCGGGAAAUGAGGAACUGACGCGAUUCGCUUGGAAAACUUUCGCUAAGUGGCAGCAGCGCCGAGGAGACGGCGAAGAGGCCAAGGAGGAGAAAAAGGAACUCUUCCGCUAUAUGAAAGCGUUUCGCGAAACCUUUAGUCGCCCAAUUUCGAGGAUUAAAUUCAUGGGGUUGUUUGAUACUGUCAACAGUGUUCCAAGGUUUGAGUCAGCAUGGAUGCAGCGUAGCAAAUUCCCGUACACUGCGCGGAGCUCAGCCAAAGUCAUCCGACAUGCCGUGGGCAUUGAUGAGCGGCGCGCGAAGUUCCGACAGGACCUAAUCUCUGAGGCAAGGCCUUGGUCUGGGAAGAAGCAAUCGCGUCAUGGUUGGGGGCAGCAGUACAUCAACCAACUCCGCCAUCCGCGAGACCAGGAGCCGACACACGUGCCUGAGAUCGUCGUGAACGGUAACCAAGAAGCCGACGUCAAUGACCCUAAGGACCAUGGACCAGAGAAUCCAGAUGUAGAGGAGACAGCCUCAGUUUACCGUAGUAGUCAUCAUGCCUCUCGUGAGAGCCUACAUUCCGGACACAUGUACCGUGCGGUGUCCCCAUCAUCCGCAGCUAGAAAGCUCAGCCUGGCAGUCCCCAUGAUUACGGGCUCCAUGGAGGACUUGAACUCGAUUCGAAGCGGCCACUCGGGGAUCUCCCUGCAGGUACCAUCAGCAUCGCAAGCUGGUAAUGAUGACGACGAGGAGGAGAACGAUGCGCAGGACAUUCAAGAAGUGUGGUUCCCAGGUGGCCACGCCGACAUUGGUGGAGGUUGGAAACUCGAAAAAGGCGAGACUUGGCCACUUAGCCAUGCGCCAUUGGUCUGGAUGGUCCAGGAAGCCCAGCGUGCGGGCCUGGAAUUUGACACGCCAAAGCUCAAACAAUUCGAGUGUUGUGAGGAGUAUGACGGCGAAUACACUCCUAUUCGAGAUCAUAUCAAAUGGCAAAAAAGCUGGUGCCAAGAUCCUGCGCAUGAGCAUGACGGCGACGCAAAGGAGGAGGAGGGUAUGUACAAGGCCAAUGGAGAUACAAAGCCCCUGUCCAAAUCAAGCCAGAAAUUCCGAGCUGCCCUGUACACCUCUAGCACAGAGGGUCUACUGCACGAUUGUUUAUCCUUUGGCAACGGCCUAUCAGCUUCCUCUGUCAUUUCAUGGAGGUUUAUGGAGUAUCUUCCAUUCCGCCGGAUGGACCUCCAGGCAGACGGAUCAUGGAAACCGAUUCGUUGGCCAUUACCCGGCGGAGAGGUGCGCGAUAUUCCCAACGACGCUCACAUCCACGUAUCUGCGAUCCGUCGCAUGAUGAAGGAUUCUAACUAUCGUCCGGGAAAUCUGAUUAUUGGAGGCGGCGGACGUGGAGUCCGACGAGCCCCAGAGGAGUAUGGAAUCGGUGAAUGGGUGGUGCAAGGGCACGAAGGAGACGUUGUUCGAGAGAUCUAUGUACGAAAGAGUUUCUCCAAGAUGUGCAAGGACACCAAACCCUAG